UUGGGGAGGAAAAAAGGGGAGAGAGAUAUCUACUUACAGCUGCUGUCAGAUAUCCGAUCGCCUUCGCAUGGCGAGGAGGUAACCUGAUCGAGCUGGGAGGAGUGACUCUACCAGGGAAGGUUUGAACAAAAAAAAAAAAAAAAAAAUGUCUUCUUCUUCUGCCGGAGAGGUCACAACAGCAAAUGACAUCAAGAGGGAAAAUGUGAAGGAGGUGGAUACGCGGGAGUGUAUCAGGCUUGUGGCGCUGGACGCGGCGGAGUUGUCCAUGGAGCGCACGGCUCCCAGCGCGGACGCGGUGCGCGCAGAGCUGCUGGUGAGCGCCGCCUCCUCCCUGGCGUUCUCCCCGGAGCAAGUGGCGUGCGUCUGCGAGGCGCUGCAGCAGGGGGGCAACGUGGACCGGCUGGCCAGGUUCCUGUGGUCCCUGCCGCAGAGCGACCUGCUCCGCGGAAACGAAAGCAUCCUCAAAGCGCAAGUUCUCGUCGCUUUCCACCAGGCGCGCUAUCAGGAGCUGUACAGUAUUUUGGAGAACCACAGUUUCAGCGCGUCCAACCACACCUUUCUGCAGGAUCUGUGGUACAAGGCCCGGUACACCGAGGCGGAGAAGGCGCGGGGGAGACCCCUGGGCGCCGUGGACAAGUACCGGAUCCGGAGAAAGUACCCUCUCCCCAGGACUAUCUGGGACGGCGAGGAGACUGUUUAUUGUUUUAAGGAGAGGUCGCGAAACGCGCUGAAGGAUCUUUACAAUCAGAAUAGGUACCCGUCCCCCGCCGAGAAACGAAAUCUGGCCAAAAUAACAGGACUCUCCUUGACCCAGGUCAGCAACUGGUUUAAGAACAGAAGACAGCGAGACAGAAACCCCUCGGAGGCGCAAUCAAAAAGUGAAUCUGAUGGGAACCACAGCACCGAAGAUGAAUCCAGUAAAGGCCAGGAGGAGCUGUCCCCUCGUCCUCUCUCCAAUUCUUCAGACGGAGUGAUAACACAUGGGAACCUUCCCAUUCAGACGGGAGCUCUGGACAGUGGGGUCGUCAUCCAGCAGAUUGGGGACAUCAAGAUGUCCCCCGGAUCUGGCGGCGGUGGCCUCUACAACGGUAACCUAGCGACCAGUAACACGUCCUCCACCGUGUUUCACAAUGGCAGCUCAUCUUACCUGCACUCACCUGGAAACAUCCUCUUCAACGGGCUCAAUUUGGGCAUCCAGCCCUUGGCGUUCAACCCCCUGAGGCCGUCUGGGGGGAUGCUGCUGGGGGGUUCUGGAGCCGACAUGCACAUGCAGACAGGACAGGAGAAAGGACUGGGCAGCGCUGAGGAGUCUACCUUACAGUACGCCCCCUAUUCUGGCUGUGUGAACGGUGCAGACGUGAAGAUGGAGGGCGUGCACACCAUGGCUGCCCAGAAUGGAGGCUCCUCUGUGCUGACAUUCAGCACACCAUCAGGUGCUCUGCAGCUAGGUGGCUACAGUCUGGUCCAGGUACCAAGCGGAAUGUCAGACAAUAAUGGGAGCUCAUUACUUAACAGUGAUGUAGGUCUUCCUCCCCUGCAGCUCUCCUCUGCCCCCUCCUCCUCAGCAAUCACAGAACAAGGCAAUAUGCCUCUGAAUAAUGUAGCAGUGAGUUCCUCCAGCGAUGACUCAUUCCAGCAGCAGGACAAGCUGAACAUGGCAUCUCUGCACCACAGUACAGUCCUCUACAGCAUGAGCAACACCGGCCAAGCAGCCAUCAAGAAGGAGCCUUUGGAGGGAGGAAUGUACACCUCGUACCACCACGGGCUCCAACUGAACUCUGGUGUUCAGAUCAGCUACACUAACCCCAACUCGGAGGUUUCCUCCAGCCACGGCGACACUCCCACCCCUGAGGUCACCGCCGUCAGCUCCUCCAACUCUGAGCCAGAGGUCUACACCACCCUCACGGUUAGCACACCCCUGAUGGCUCAAACAGACCCAAACAACCACCACCUCCAGCCUGCAGAGUACCUCGGGAACCACGAGGUGCCACGAGGAGCCCCGUCCUCACACCUGAUGGGCCCUGGCAUGAAUAGCAACUACAUGAACCUGCCAGAGAACAAGGUGGACGGUUCGGGGUCGGGAGCCAUGAAUGAAAUGGUACGGGCCAUGUGUGGGGACAUGGAGGCCGUGGAGGGGAAAGAGCUGGCCAAGCUGCAGACAGUGCAAAUGGAUGAGGACAUGGCCGACCUCUAGCCUCAAACCUCACCUGUUGCAGAAGCACUCAUGUCUACCCGAGCAGUGAUAUGAUGAGUCUUUUAACUCUCUUUUGUGUGCGCGUGUGUUUUCAACCCUUUAAAUUAUUUGUGUUCUUUGACUGUUACAAUGCACUCUAGUCCGAGAGGAGCCCUGUGGGUGGGCUUUAUCAGUUUGUCAUGAAAAUUGAAAGAAAAAAAAAAAAGCCUGUGACACAUUUGAAAAGACCUAUUCGUGAAACGAAAAAUUCAGAUUGUUAGGAGCUAACAGAAGUAGUUGCCGUAUGUGUUUGAGCCUCGUUUAAAUGUGCAUUUUAUAGCCAACACCUGCUACUUCCUGUUGAGUGGAUUUGAUCUGCAGAAGCAGGUGCUGGAAUGCCUCCAGUCAUGUGACCAGGAUGUUCCUCCAAACUAAAUGUGUCAUCUGGGUCAAACCAAAAAGGUCAUUGUGAAGGGGUAAGAGGGAGAGAGCCUCUACGAAAGUUGUCGGUUAAAAAGCUUCACUGAAGGACUGAACACACGUGCAGAGAAUAGGUCAUUAAACACGGAAAGCUGCUGAUUUAGGGGAAAAAAAGUGUCCUUCAGUAAGCACUUUAAAUUCUCUGAAUGCCUCUCAAGUCACUGCAAAAUGCUGCUUUUGUGCUUUAUAUCAUAUAAAACAAUUUGGCAGUAAUGGAUGUGAAAAAGAAUGUGCCUUUCUGCUACUCAAAAUACAAACUGGCAUCGGUCUGUUUUAGCAUUUGCACUACCACGAUGACGAUACAAAAUUUCAAACAGCCUCUCUGUUGAAAGGGUUUGUCGUAUGUGACACACCCCAACAAAUGCACACUGCUGCAGCAGUGGCUCCUAAUAGUAAGUCUCAUCAUCAACCUGCGAGGCCAAGAUGUGAAUAUCUUUAAUCUUACGUUGUUUGUAAUGCUGCAGCUCUCAAUAUGUUAAUUAGACGCGAUGAUACUGUAUAUCAUGCUUCAACGUUUUGAGGUGUCUCUCUGAAUGUCAUUGAUCAGGAGAGAUAUUUUUCUAUAAAGCCAGAUUCAAACAACUACAAUGUGUGUGCUUUUGAGAAGUCAAGGAACAAAGGGAUAGGUUAUAAAUUAAACAAAGGAUUUUUUUUAUAGUUCCACCUUUGAAACAGAGAUGUUCUAAUUGUUUUUCUUUGCAUGGUAUCAUAAUAUUUUUUGAACAAGAGUGCCUUUUACUUUUUUGUGGGUAUCACUAAAUGUUAAUUCAACUGUAGCUGUUGCGCCAGUGAGCAGAAAGCAGCUUCAGAGAUUUAUCACCACCACCACCUCUGCUGGCACAUUUGCUGGGUGUCAGACAAAGAGAGCAUGGAGCCCAUUUGUCAAGUGUGUCCGAAGCUUUUCACAACAGCAGACAAAGUUCUCGCUGUCAUAUGUGACCAUAAUAGCACAUUUCAACCUUCCAGCCAUCUCACACCCCACACAUUCAUCAUUGCAUCACAUCUCUUUUAUGCCAGUGACUAGUGAUGCUUUUCUUUGUCAGGACAUAUGAGUGGACCUUUCAGUGAAAGUAUCCUCAGUGCUUUAAUGUCAUAAACCAAAAUUUAUUAUCAAAAAGUAAUUUUUUUUUUAUCUUAGUUUGAAAAAAUGUGUUUGUUAUUUGAAAUUAUUUGAAUGUAUUUUUCUAAAUCUCAAUACUGCAAUAAAAGUUUAUAUUU